AUGCAGAGCUUCCUGCAGCUGCUGCGGGAGAGUGGAGGCGCCGGCCCCCCCGUGGAGGAGUUGGUGAGGCUCGCGGGCAGCCUGUGCCGGGAACUGCAGGACGACCUCGCCCAGGCGCAGCCCUUGGUCACGGCUGUGCUGGAGAGCCAGCUCCGCCUGUACCUCCUGGACAACAAGGAUGUGGCCCUGGUGUGCGCCCGCGUGCUGGCCCAGCAGGAGCAGCACCAGGCCGCCUGCAGGCUGUUGGAGGGGUGCUGGGUGCAAGGAGGCAGUCAAGAGCUGGUGCAGCUCUGGAAUGACAUCCACUACCAUUUGGUCAUGAAGAGGCUAGGUGUGGCCAAGCUGACCUCGGUGCAGAAGUUCCGCUGCAGGAAGAGGAACCCGCCGCCCCCCUCCCUCUGUCCUGAGGGACUGAAGAGCCGCAACUUCCCCAGGGAGGUUCGCCAGAAGCUGCAGAACUUCGCCUCGGGUGUGAGCAGCAGCCCCAGCAAGGCCGAGCGGGAGGCCCUGGCUGCGGAGACCCGCCUCACCGUGGAGCAGGUCUACAACUGGUUCGCCAAUUACCGCAGGCGCCAAAGGGCGGGUCUCCAGCAUUUGGAGCCACAGCCCUCAGGCCACCGACACCCCGGCUUCGUGGGUGGGCACCUGCCUCAGUGGGCAGGAGGUGAGGGAAAUGGGCCGGCACGGACCCUGGUGACCACUCAAGGGCUGUGGCAGCCUCCGACCCUGGCCUCGGACGUUUCUGGAGACGAGACCGUGCCCGAAUCGCUGACUCCGAGCUCUCUGCAGGGCGGUGAGAUGUACCCGGAGGGGCCUGGCCGCGACCCAUCCACUCACCCUGCCGUCUACCCUGAUCCUGGCCUCAGUGGGCUGGCUGGCCGCAGCGACUUACUGGACCCUUCAGCUGCGCCCAAGCCAUGGCUGGUGUCCCUCACACUGGCGUCCCCCAGGGACGUUUCUGUUCAGACUGGACACCUGGUGCCCAGCCAUGGGCUGCACUUCUGGAUGCCCCCUUCGGACGCCUCUAUGUCCGUGUCCAUCGCCACGCUCGCCGAGCCCAGCUCCACAGGGUUCCCUGACCCACCCGGCAGCCACCCCCAGAGCGCAUUCCUGGAGGAGGGUCCGGGCACCAGCGUCAGCCAGGCAGGACAGGCAGGCAGCUUCCUGGUGACCCACCCCCCGCCACAGGCUCCGGAAUUGGUCCCGCCCCAGAGCCUCCCGGAGCUGGCUCCUGCCCCGUCGACCUUUCCCGGGCCUGUGCCUGCUGGGGAGCUGAGCGAGCCCCUACCGUCCAGCCAGGUGCCGUGGUCCGACAGCCAGGCCUCCAGCGAUGCCUUCUGGGUGGCCAGGAUGCUUCUGGAGCUUGCGGGGGGCAACCUGGGCUGA